AUGGCUGAGCUCAUGGUGCAUUUGUUGCUGACGGCUAUUUACAGCCAAACUUUCCGCAAACGUUUGCAGUGUGUCCGUCUAAUGCUGAUUCUCGAAUUAUUUCUGGCUCAGGAGCCCACAGUUUUAGCCAAAGGCUGGGUUCCCUCGUCGCGGCUCCAUCGUCUCACGCCACCAGCUGCUGAAAUGAUCGCCUUGAGCGUUAAGACGUGGUCGAUCACCCAGUUGUUGGGUUACAGUUACUAUUAUUGCAGGCACACAAAAAUCGAGAGUCAUCACCCGAUCCAACACCGACUCAAAGCUUGUUCUUGGCCGGUUUGUCACAGCCCCUCUCUUUUUUCCUUUCGAGUUUCCCUGUAUUACUUCGUAUAG